GGAGCGGAGGACUACAACUCCCAGCGUGCCCCGCGGCGGGAGGACUACGAGCCCCAGCGUGCCCCGCGGCGGGCGGCGCAUGCGCGGAGCGGGCGGCGGGCAGCGGGGCUGGCCGGGCUCUUUUGUUCGAGGGAGGCGGACGGAGCGCGGCCAGGCCCGGGCGGCACCCGACCCCGCAGGCCCCUUCCCCUCGGGAACCGUUGGCGGGGCUGUGCAAGCAGCGUCGCCCAUAAGCUGAAAAACUGGCCAGCACAAUGGGAAAAAAACAGAACAAGAAGAAAGUGGAAGAGGUCUUAGAGGAAGAGGAGGAGGAGUAUGUGGUGGAGAAGGUCCUGGAUCGGCGAGUGGUGAAGGGCAAAGUGGAGUAUCUGCUGAAGUGGAAAGGCUUCUCAGACGAAGACAACACCUGGGAGCCGGAGGAGAACCUGGACUGCCCAGACCUCAUCGCCGAGUUCCUGCAGUCCCAGAAAACCGCGCACGAGAGCGAGAAGUCCGAGGGGAGCAAACGCAAAGCGGAGUCAGACACGGAGGACAAGGGGGAGGAGAGCAAACCAAAGAAGAAGAAGGAGGAGUUGGAGAAACCGCGAGGUUUCGCCCGAGGGUUUGAGCCGGAGCGAAUCAUCGGCGCCACGGAUUCCAGCGGGGAGCUGAUGUUCCUGAUGAAGUGGAAGAACUCGGACGAGGCCGACCUGGUCCCUGCCAAGGAGGCCAACAUCAAGUGCCCGCAGGUGGUGAUCUCCUUCUACGAGGAGCGGUUGACAUGGCAUUCCUACCCCUCGGAGGACGAUGACAAGAAAGAGGACAAGAACUAACCGCCCCGCGCCCGCUCUGACCGGCCUCGGCGUGGAGGUGGAACUGUGGGCGCGAGAGGCGGCUGCGCGGGGAGCGGAGCGGCCGGCGGGGACGAUGCCCUUUGGAGAGACCCCUUUGGCGUCUGCGCCCGCGGCUGCUCCGCUGCUUCUGCAGCCCCGCGCUGGGGACGAUCCCAAGCAGCCCAGCUCGGCUGGGGGGGGCGGGAGGGGGGUUGGGGGGGGGGGAAUUGGGGUGUUUGUUUCGACUGUGGAUUUGCAGCUGGCGGGGGAGGCAGCAAAACCCCUUCAUGAAGGACUCGCUGGGGGGUGCGGGUGGAUGCUGCUUGUUCUUUAAGGGCCAUCUCAGCAACCGCAGCCUCUUCCCCAUAGCGGUAACUCUGCGUUUUCACAGCGUAGCAUGUGUGUAGUUUGGGGGGUUGUUUUGGGGUGUUUUUUUUUUUUUUUGUUGGGUUUGUUUUGUUCUGUUUUGUUUUCUUUUGCUAUUUCCUAGUGUAUCGGUUUGGGGGGUGGGACGUGGGGGUAUCGGUCUCUUGUUUAAUUGGGGAGGGAGGGCGAUGAGGUCUGGUGACCACGUUCCGGAUCAUUUCCAGAUCUUUUUUAGAACCUGAAUUCAGAAAAGAAAAAUAGGAGGAAAAAAAAUAGGAAGGGAAAAUAAAAAGAGCCCAGUAUUGAUGGGGACAGGGACACUGACACAGGACUGAGACUGUGACUGUCCCCACGCCGGAGCCACGCGCCUCCAGAGCCCACGGGCAGUUUUGGGGGGGGGUGGGGGGUGACUUGUGAAAAUGCAGAUUUGUGAUUGCCGGUUCCUGCCAUUGCAUUGUACGGGGGGAGCCACGGGGACCCUUUAAUCGCCUUUUACCUUCUGUCCGUGACAAGGUGCUAUUUCUCAAAAUUGGGGGGGGAGGGUCAGACCCGUGACCACUUGUUCCUUUUCUCACCUUCAUCCGAGUGUCCGACCAGCAGCGCUGGGAACCCUUUGGUCGUGGGAGGAAAUCAGCAGCAGCACAAAACUCACCUCCGUGUUCUCCCACGCCGAGCGGUUGUUUGCGGGGGCCCAGACGUGGUGCUGGAGCCGCAUGUGUCACCCUGAACCUUCUGAAGCUUUGUUUUUUUUAAUCAGAUUUAUUACAAAUACUGAACUAUUUAAUGUCUGGAGUCUUGAGCCCACCAGACUCCCGGCAGCUCCGUGUAGGGUGGUAUGUAUCUAGACUUGCAUUGUACAAACCUUUUUGUUUGUUUUUUUUAAAAGCAUGUGUUUAGGUUUCUGUGAAAACGUUGUUUAAAUGUAAAGUACGUGUUUGGAUUUUAACUUCAUACCAAGCUCUGUCAGUUUUUUGUCUCAAUAAAAUUUUAGAUUUAUAA